UACUUUUAAGUCUAAACCCAAAGAACAGGGAUAGUUUUGAGCUUUUUCUCUUAUAUAAAAUACACUACUGAGUUUUUUCCUUUCUCACUCCCGGUCGAAAAAGCAAACCCUCCCUGUGCUUCCACCUGCGUGUCUUUUUCCACCAAUUUCAAAUGGCUGCUGCCAAUGGCUCAAGUGACCUGUCUUCAGAGAUGGAGGUGGAUGCCUUUAGACGUCUUUUCCCUUUGCGCUAUCAUGAGCAGCAUCUUCUUAAAUCUGUCCGACCUGAUGCCCGAAAGCUUGGAAGUGCUAGAGAUACAACACUUGCACUUGGUGCCGUUGCCUCUGCUGAUGGAUCAGCACUGGCAAAGAUUGGCUCCACUACGAUGCUGGCUGCCAUCAAAUUGGAAGUCAUGACACCAACAGUGGAAUGUCCAGAUGAGGGAUCCAUAGCUAUCGAAUUUCACAUGCCUCCCAUUUGUUCUCCCCUGGUUCGGCCUGGUAGGCCUGCAGAGGCAGCAUCAGUAAUUUCAAAGCAGCUGUCAGACACUAUCAUGAAUUCUGGCAUGAUUGACUUAAAAGAGUUGUGCUUGGUUGGAGGAAAAGCUGCAUGGAUGGCCUACCUGGACAUAUACUGUUUGGAUGCUGACGGUGCCCUGUUUGACACUGCAUUACUAUCUGCAGUUGCUGCCUUUUCGCAUCUGAACAUUCCAGUAGUGUCUUUGAAUGAAGAUGGGCGAAUAGUUCUUGUUUCUGAGGACAAUGUCGGAUUGAAAUUGGAGAAGGAGCCUGUCAAUACAGAGAAAAGAAAACUUAAAUUGAACUCUCCACCAUUCUCCUUAACAUGCUUACUUCACAAGAACUACAUCCUAGCAGAUCCUACAGCAGAGGAAGAAUCUAUUAUGGAAACAGUUGUAACUGUGGUAUUGGAUUCGUCUUACCAGCUUGUUUCACUUUAUAAACCAGGUGGACCAGUUCUUGCCCAUACGUCAGUCAUCCAGGAUUGCGUCGCGCUGGCAAGGCGCAGAGUGAAAGAGCUUCAGAAUGUCUUGAAUGAAGCUAUUUCUGCUAUGGAGGUAGACUGAAGAAAGGAUUCCCUUGCACCAUAGCAUUCAACAUGCAGCUGGUUUUGUCUUUAUGAUUACCUGAACUUACUGAAAAAUGCAUUAGAAAAAGGUAGCUCUGGUAGCCAUGGCUGCAAGUUCAAUUUUGGUUAGCCAUUUCUCAAUGGGAAAUGCAUAUAUAGUUGUUACUUAUUAGUAGUUUUUUAAUCAGGUAAUAUAACAUAUUAUUUGUUA